UUCGAUCCAAUUCUGGAGAGAUUCUGGGAAUAAGAAUCCGGUUCGGUUCCCCCGGUUUAGAUACCCGUCUGAAAGGCCAUGUGCUGCCGUUAAAUCAAACGCUCGUUUAAUGGAUAUAACCGGCUGAUUUCGAAGACAAAAGGAUACCAAGACAUCAAGGUGUGAGCUCUGUUCUCCAGAUCUGGAGUAUUCUGCUUUUUCUGUAAGCGUUUCUGGUUCGGUCAGUAUGCAGGGCUGGGUGACUCUGGCUCUGUUGCUGAGUCUCGGGUCAGACGUUCCCGGACAGAAUGGUGUGGGUGAACUUCCUGUGCCUCACGGUUUAACCCUAAAUCCAGAUUUCCAAGAGCAGACUCUAUCUUUGACGUGGCAGAGUGACGCAUCGCUCUUUGACCUUGAGAUUUACCACACCGAGCUCAUGAAUGUGAUGUUGAAUGAGUCUGUGGCAGUUAAAGCAGAUCCUGUAACAGGACUGCAUAGUUGGACCUGGCACUCACCCUUCCCCUUGGAGUGCACUUCUCAUUCUGCGCAAAUCAGAGCACGAAGCCAGCAGUCGGUCAGCCAGUGGAGCCCUCUUCAGACCAUUCAAGGCUCGGAUAUUCCCGAGAAGUCUGAGUCUUACAUGUUUCCCCAAGAUAAAGUGGUUGCUGUCGGCAGUAAUAUGACCUUCUGCUGCAUUGUUGAAGAGAAAAAAGAUUUUAAACAAAUGAAUUACGGGCCUCUGGAAAUGAGCGCCACACGACUGAGCAGAAGAACGUAUGCCAUCACGGUAACAGACCAGCCAGCUUCAGGCAACACGGGCACCAACGUGAUCUGCUUUUUCUCAAAGGUCAUCCUCACAGGAGCCGUGGUGUUUGUAGGCUAUCCGCCGGGCGAUGAGGGCUUGGUCUGCGAGACGCGGGACCUGGCAUCCGCAGAAUGUUCUUGGAAGAAAGGACGAGACACUCGCUUAAGAAAGAAGCACAGCCACACUAAAUACACCCUUAAUGGAAGGAACUGUUCGGAGGCUAAUGAAAGGAAGACAUGGUGGUGUAGCUCGAAUGCCUGGGAGGAGAACUGGACUCUGGUGGCUCGAAAUCCUCUUGGUACAGUCCAGCUCACAGACUCGGCCCAAAUUACCGAAUCGGUACAUCUGUUGGCUCCAGUGAAUGUGGAGGCGGUUGAUGUCGAGGCGAGGAGCGCCACACUGCUGUGGAACUGGUCUGUGGCAGCGUAUAAAAAGCUGGAGAUGGUAUGCCAGCUGCAGCUCUUCGCCCCUGAACUUUCCAGCACUCAUAACUACAGUGGUCCUGGUUUAUCCUCCGUGGUGCUGGAGGGUUUGUGGCCAGAUGUGAACUACACUGUGACUCUACGCUGCUGCUCUAAGCACAGUUUUUGGAAGUGGGGAGACGAGAGCGCCCCCUACCAGAUCCACACUAAAAUGGACCGUCCUGAUGCCCUUGAUGUCUGGAUCUGGAUGGACGGCAGUAACACAGGACGUGUAUUUUGGAAACCUCUGUCCGUGAGAGAAAGUCAUGGUGCAUUAGUCGGCUACAACGUUUCCCAGAGUUCAGCAGAGGAAGACGGGUGGACAUGGCUUUUCCUUCCUCCUGGGAACUUCAGCUAUCCCAUCAUCCUUAACAACAGCAGUGACAUCACCGUUGCCGUGGCAGCACGAAACCCAGCUGGUCUCUCUCAGCCUUCCACUGUGAUCACACCAGCAUACAGAGCAGAUUCCCAGCUGUCCGUGUCUAAGCUGCUCAGCACAAAUGGAUCAUUUGACAUCUCCUGGCAGCCGAAUGCCAACUCGAGCCGCGGGUACACCGUGGAGUGGGUCCCGACCGGCUGCAGUGGACUCUGCCCUGUUGACUGGAAGAAAGUUCCAGAAUCAGACAGCAGCCUGACGGUGUACUCGGACUCUCUGGUGGCAGGAGUGAGGUACACCGUAUCCGUGUACUCUCUUUCAACCGGCGCUCCUACGCUGCUGCAGAGAUGGCACGGAUACUCACAGGAAAUGAGUCCUUCACAGUCGGUUGGUGAUCUUUCGCCAAUCAGACCGGCUCUGAUGUGCUGCUGGCUUUGGAAGGCCACUGCAGUGGAACACCAGAGAGGCUUCAUAUGCGGAUACACCAUCUAUGUGGCGAAUGCUGCACAUCUGGAUCUCAUUGCCAACAUCUCUGAUCCUGAAGUGCAGUGGUACAGGGUGAAGGGUUUGUCUCUGAGCACGUAUAAGUUUGUAGUGAAGGCCUACACCUCAGCUGGGGAAGAUGCCGGGUCGACUGUGGCCAUUAAGAUGGAGAUGGACACUGCCGACAUGUUGUUUGUUGGCAUUCUUGUGCCGCUGGUAAUCAUGUUCUGCUGUCUCAUCCUCUUCAGCAUCUGCUGCUACAAGAAGAGAGAGUGGGUAAAGAAAGCUUUCUAUCCUGAAAUCCCUGGACCUAAAGUACCGGAGACUGGUCCUCCCACGGGUAAACUUCUUUCUUGAGUAGGUCCUAUGGAUGUCAAGCCCUCUCCUCACAGUCUGGUCCACAUUGUGGAGAGUCCAGAGUGGGAUUUCACUAAGGAAGGUCUGUUCCCGGUCCCAGAGGAAGAGGAGGAGUCUGAGAACGACAACGUAGAGGUGGACACCGACUCGGAUGAACCGGCCCUGCUGAGAUACUACAACCAGGUGGUCGGUGACGGCUCACACAGUAACCACGUGUCAGACACCUCCGGCUCCUCGACCGCUUCAGUGGGCUCCACGCAGACUGAAAUCACCUACGCGGGCAUCCAGAGCCCCACCUCCCCGCAGGAGGCCUGCGCAGGUUACAGGCCUCAAAUGCAGUCCGUCACGGGACCGGCCGAGCCCCAGAUCGAAUUCGAGGCCGACUUUCAAGACGACGAUUUGAAUACAGGCUACAAACCCCAGUGUUCCUGGCAGCUGGAUUCUCCAGAGGAAAACUUUAGCGGUUCGCUUGGCAGCCCGACGUCGGUCACAUCGUCCCAGUUCCUCAUCCCAGAAUCCUCUGAAGAGAAACCACAGCCUUCAAACACCUGGUUCCACAAUUUUCUCUCUGGGAAAUCCUGAGAACGCACUAGCUUUAUUGGGGGGUUUUCACGUUGGUUUGUGCCGUUCACCCUUUUAAGAGGAUGUUUUCGUUUCGUUUUAGGGUUCCUAAAAAUCGCUCACAUUUACGUAAUCAACGUCACUACUGUUUCUCAAAGACUUGUGUUACUGACCAGACAGGUGAAGUACUACUGAAGAGCUGAAGCUGGUGAUCGUAUCUUCACGCGCUCGCUCGGAGCAGUAUGACGGUUUGCUUAGGAACUUUUGCUUCUAUUCGUAAGACGGUGUUCUUGGCUCUUUCUUGCAGUGUUAUUGGAGCGAUGGCAGUCCAUUUUUCAUUCUUGCAGCUUUAUAUCGUGCCCAACAUUUCACUGCUAAUUUUACUAACGGUUCUGUAGCAGAUUCUGAAAAGCAGGCUGAGUUAAUUGACUUUGCACACUUCUCUCUGCCAGUAAAACAUGUUGAUUUACAUUUCAGAAGAUCAAAACUAGUACAUUUAAGGCUUGUUCUUAUACUGUGCAGCUUCUA